UUAGGCUUCAUACUCUGGUUGUGUGUAUUGUCGCAAAUUGAUUCCAGUAAAUUCUAUCAACAAAAGAAGCCGGAUAUUUUGCAUUCUGCAUUUUAAUCACAUCGCAAAUUUUCACUUCUUCUUGAACGAUAAAAAUAUUACGUUUACUUGUAGUUAAUCUGCUUUUGACAAUCAAGAGGAGAACUUAAAGAUGGUGGAUUAUAGUAAAUGGAAGAAUAUUGAGAUUUCGGACGAUGAAGAUGAUACUCAUCCGAACAUCGAUACACCAUCACUAUUUCGUUGGCGCCACCAGGCCCGAGUCGAACGCAUGGCCGAGUUGGAAUUGGAGAAGGAUGAGUUGAAAAAAGCUAAACAGUCAUGGCAAGCCCGCAUGGUUGAUUGCAAGGAACGGAUUAAGAAGAAGGAAGGAUCUGAAGAUGAGCUGAAGAAAAAACUUGAAAAACUUGAAAAAGAGGGCAAGGAUCUAGAUCGCAGGGAAGAGGAGCUUGUCAAAAAAGAGAAAAAAAUGCCCUGGAAUGUCGAUACCAUAAGUAAGCCUGGUUUUGAGAAAACAGUCUUGAAUAAACAACCGUCAAGGAAACAGGACGAGAAUCUAUCAGAAGAAGAACGCGAGGCCAAAAUGAAGAAUUUUGUCAAAGAAAAUGAGAAAUUGUGCAAACAGUUUGGUAUGAUGCGAAAGUAUGACGACUCGAAGCGUUUCUUGUCGGAACAUCCACACUUGGUUUGCGAGGAGACUGCUAACUACCUAGUUAUAUGGUCUAUUAACCUGGAAAUGGAAGAAAAACACGAACUUAUGGCACAUGUGGCUCACCAGUGCAUAUGCAUGCAGUACAUGUUGGAGUUGGCAAAACAGUUGGAUGUGGAUCCAAGAGCAUGCAUUGGUUCAUUCUUUUCAAAAAUACAGAACUGUAUGCCCGAGUACCGCCAACAGUUUGAAAGUGAAAUCGAGGCUUUCAAAGAGCGGAUUCGUAAGAGGGCACAAGAAAAAAUCAAAGAAGCAAUGGCUGAAGCUGAGGAGGAAGAACGAAAAGCAAGACUGGGUCCUGGCGGCUUGGACCCACUUGAAGUUUUCGAAACUUUACCAGAUGAACUGAAAGCAUGUUUCGAAAGUCGGGAUACAGAGCUUUUGCAAAAGACUAUUGCAGCAAUGCCAGUGGAGGAAGCAAAAUACCACAUGAAACGCUGUGUAGAUUCUGGCCUGUGGGUACCCAAUGCUGCCGAUGCCAAUGAUGAUGAUUCCGAAAAGUCCAAAGAAGCGUCUGAAAAAACUGAGGAUUCAGCUAAAAGCAACGAAAUGGAUAAGGAGCCAGUGUACACAGGCGUUAGUUCUAAUGACCUUGACUGAUUGCUCGAAUACAAAUAACAAUUGAGAAGUGUUGCUGAAGACACUUUCACUCCCAUUUAGAAGAUGAUUUCUUUAAUCUUCGUUAUCACAUGAAGACGAUCAUGAUUCCGUCUCUUAGUCACUUUUAGUAUCUAUCCCAUACCAAAAUUUCAACAAUCUUGAUAAUCAAUAUACCCAAAUAAUCAAUCGACAUUGCACUUGUUGAUACUCGUGUCCUACCAUUUAGCGCUGUAUAUUGAUAAAUACAAGUCGUUUAAACGCGUGUAUGUAUUAAAUAUAGUUGUAAGUAAAUUAUAUAAUGAUUACAUUUUCAAACAAUCGCUAAAUAAACAUGCCUUCAUCUUUGUUAAUUUCAA